AUGGCUCCAGCCACGAACGCAGAGCUGAUCGUCAAGGAGACGAACGAGGUCGGCACGACGGUCAAGACCUAUGUCUGUCCAAGCAACAAGCUGCGGUCGAAGCGCCGGGCUGACAGUGUGGAAAUCAUUUUGCCGCCACAGAAACCGUCCUCAAGCUCGUAUCUGACGUCCAUCCUGAACGUGUUCCUCCCGGUUGGAUAUCCGCACAGUGUCACGGAUGACUAUAUCGAAAGCAGCUCUCUAUUUAGGGAUUAUGAGAAGAAAGAGCUAACCUCCUUGAUAUCAGGACUCACUUCAAGCAUUCUCAAGCUCAAUUGCUGGUCUCCUGUCAUCCAGAGCAGUGUUGGUGUUGGAGAUGCCACUGCUUCCCCCACUGCAGCACUGCUGCUCAAUGUUCUGCAGGAAAGCAUGGGCAGGAUAGCCACCAUCCUAUUUGCCCAUCGUCUCGGGACAUCUCUCGAGCCAGAGUGUAAGAUGUACAGGCUGGCUGCCGACCUUCUCAAUGAUUCAGCCAUAGUGCUGGAUUGCAUGUCCCCCGCAUUCCCUAAGCCCGUCAGGGUAGGCCUUCUCAGUCUUUCUAGUGUACUGAGGGCGCUGUGUGGUGUCGCAGCAGGUAGCUCCAAGGCCAGCUUGAGUGCUCAUUUUGCACGAUGGGGGAAUCUAGGGGAAUUGAACGCAAAAGAUUCAAGUCAGGAGACUGUGAUAUCCCUCUUUGGAAUGCUGGUUGGCAGUGUAGUAGUUUCCUACAUCUCAUCUCCAUUAGCAACGUGGAUUGCCUUGAUCCUUUUACUCAUCGUACAUCUGGGGACAAACCACGCAGCAGUCAGAGCAGUAAAAAUGACGACUCUAAACCGCCAGCGUGCUAAUAUUGUCUUCUCCUAUCUCUUUGAGGACGAUCGAGUACUCACACCAGCACAAGCUUCAGAGGAAGAACGUAUCUUUGAGACAGAUGGUGUACUUCGAUGGAAAGCUAAAGCUACUGGUACCCUAGGAAUCUGUCAAAUCGGAGUCUCUCUCGAGCAGCUGCUCUUACUCCUUCCCGAGCAGGUUAACACCAACGCCCAAGGUUCCAGCCAAAAGCCUGACACCACCAUGGUCGGCGCCAGUACCGGUCUGUCGGCUCUGCUCGAACUAUUCAAAGAAGAAGAGUACAUCCUUUACUUUAGUCCCGCGGCCCGUAGAGGGGCCAUUGUACUGAAAGCUGGAGCUACUCCACAAGCACAACUAAAAGCAUGGAGCCAUGCCCUGCUUGUCUCCCGACACCUGGCAAGAGAGGAGCAUGACACAGCUGCUUGCAUAAACGAGAAACAAGGCGGUCAGGGUGAGCUGUCACCACCGGUAUCGAUACUAUCUAUUUUGAGAGACACGCUGCGAGAGCAUACGAGGACGUUUGUCGACAGGGUCAAACGCCUGGAACACGCUGGCUGGCAGACGGACAUCGCCUCCCUGGAAACAAAGCCGGGAAGGAGAGUUCACGUAUCCGUUUGA